AUGGAUGCGGUGACCGCAGUGCCUGUUUCACAGCCUGCACAAGGUGCGGCUCCGUCUGGUGCGGCUACCCGUGGGGUGGGCAAAAGGCUAAUGGAGCAGAGCGCUCCCGCUGGAACGGCCAAGCGGUCAAAGGUUAACUCUCCGCGUUCCAAGGUGGCGGAGGAUCGGGGCAAGGGCGUUGCUUCUUCAGUCAAGGUGACCCAGAUUGACCUUCCCCCUUAG